AUGCUCAAGGCCCUAAGAUUCCCCCGCAAGAAAACGUCGCGGCCCUUUAAGGAUUACUACUCAGAUUGGUUCAAAACCCUGAAGAACACCCUCCUCCCCCUCCUCCGCUCCUCCAUCUCCGAUUCCUCUCCCACCCUCCUCUCCACCCACGUCGAAAUGCUCCACCACCACAUCCAGUCCUACUACCACGCCCUCGACCUCGCCUCCUCCCACGACAUUUCUCAGCUCCUCUUCCCCGACUGGCGAAGUUCCCUCGAGAAGCCUUUCCUCUGGCUCGGCGACUUCCACCCCUACCUCUUCACCAACCUCCUCCGCUCCUUCCUCGGUGACACCGAUGAAGAAGCAGAUGGCAAGACCGACGUUUUCAUCAAAGUGGGUGGCAAGAAUUGCGAGUUUUUUGACAAGCCCUGGGAAAUUGCCAUGGCGUGGAAGGCCCCGAGUAAAAUCAUGAUGUCCCGGAUCGACCAGAUUGAGUGCGGCCUAAGGCUGAUGGUGCCCGCAUUAGUGGACCGUGUGAGGAACGCGCAGGCGGUCUUCAUGAAGCGCGUGGUGCAGCAUUGGGUCUGGUGCAAGGGGAAGAAGGAGGCGGCUAGAGCAUCCAUCGGCGACGCCGUGGCCGCCCAGAUGGAGGAGAUGGUGAGCGUGUUUUUGGACGCCAACAGGCUGAGGAGGAGCGUUCUUUCGGAGAUUAUCAGCGCCACCAAUGUGUAUCAGGCGGCUCUCUUUCUUGUGGGGCUUUCCCAAUUCCUUGUUGGGUUGAGGGACCCUGAUUUGCUCCGCGAAUUCGAAAGGGCUUGAUCUUUAGAUAGUUCUGAUUGUAAUUUUUCAAGGGGA